CACACCAGGCACAGGGCCCCGUCACCUUCCGCAGGCUCCACCACCAGGUAACGCUGGGUCCACUCGGGACGGAACACCAGAGCCUCGUCGACUUCCAUCCUAAUCCUCUUGGGCGUCAUCCACAUUCUGCGGAGGCCACCGGAGAACGCCGAGCUCUGAGGCCGCAGCAAACGGGGAGGAGCCCGACGAACGCCAAGCACCCCCUGGGUUCUGCGCCAGAUCACCCGAGCAGGGGUGCGCCAGCCUCCGCCAGGGCACCUCCGUUCCUAUUGGCUGGAGAUUUCGUAUUCCCUCAACUCUUCACAAACGAGCCAAUAGGAAGAGCGGACUGUGAACUUUGACGCGCAAGCGCGUUGCCUUCUAGCCCGGUGGAUCUCCGCUGUUUAGGGCGGGACAGAGGUCCCAGGAAGUGACGUAAAGGCGCUUGAUUGGCAUUCGUUCUGCCCAAUCAGCACUUGCCGCUGGGAAGGCGGCGCAGGACAGCGGUCGGCCGAAGCUAAAGGAAGAACUUGAGCGAGAGGAGCCCGAGUGAUUGGCUGGCGGUGAACUCGGGCGCCAAUAUGGCGUUUGUAGCGGGAAUUAUUCGGCGUCUGGAUGAGACCGUAGUGAAUCGCAUAGCGGCGGGGGAAGUCAUUCAGCGGCCGGCCAAUGCUAUCAAGGAGAUGAUUGAAAACUGUUUAGAUGCAAAAUCUACAAAUAUUCAAGUGAUUGUUAAAGAAGGAGGCCUGAAACUAAUUCAGAUCCAAGACAAUGGCACUGGAAUCAGGAAGGAAGAUCUGGAUAUUGUGUGUGAGAGGUUCACUACAAGUAAACUGCAGACGUUUGAAGAUUUAGCCAGUAUUUCUACUUACGGCUUUCGUGGAGAGGCUUUGGCAAGCAUAAGCCAUGUGGCCCAUGUCACUAUUACAACCAAAACAGCGGAUGGAAAAUGUGCAUACAGAGCAAGUUACUCAGAUGGAAAGCUGCAAGCCCCUCCUAAGCCGUGUGCAGGCAACCAGGGUACCCUGAUCACGGUGGAAGACCUUUUUUACAACAUAAUCACAAGGAGGAAAGCUUUAAAAAAUCCCAGUGAAGAGUAUGGGAAAAUUCUGGAAGUUGUUGGCAGGUAUUCAAUACACAACUCAGGCAUUAGCUUCUCUGUUAAAAAACAAGGCGAGACAGUAUCUGAUGUCAGAACACUACCCAAUGCCACAACUGUGGACAACAUCCGCUCCAUCUUUGGAAAUGCUGUUAGUCGAGAGCUGAUAGAAGUUGGGUGUGAGGAUAAAACCCUAGCUUUCAAAAUGAAUGGCUACAUAUCGAAUGCAAACUACUCAGUGAAGAAGUGCAUUUUCCUACUCUUCAUCAACCACCGUCUGGUAGAAUCAGCUGCCUUGAGAAAAGCCAUAGAAACUGUAUAUGCAGCAUAUUUGCCUAAAAACACACACCCAUUCCUGUACCUCAGUUUGGAAAUCAGUCCUCAGAACGUGGAUGUCAAUGUCCACCCCACCAAGCAUGAAGUUCACUUUCUUCAUGAGGAGAGUAUUCUCGAGCGUGUGCAGCAGCACAUUGAGAGCAAGCUGUUGGGCUCCAAUUCGUCCAGGAUGUAUUUCACCCAGACCUUGCUUCCUGGACUUGCUGGGCCCUCUGGGGAGGCAGUUAAACCCACGACAGGUGUGGUUACCUCAUCUACUAGUGGAAGUGGUGGCGACAAGGUGUACGCUUACCAGAUGGUCCGUACAGACUCCCGGGACCAGAAGCUUGAUGCCUUUCUGCAGCCUGUAAGCAGGCCUCUGCCCAGCCAGCCCCAGGACCCUGUCCAAGGGGACAGGGCAGAGAGCUGUCCUGAAGAAGCCAGGCAGAAGGACGAGGAGAUGUUUGAGCUCCCAGCCCCCACUGAAGAAGCAGCUGAGAGUGAGAAUUUGGAGAAGGAAUCAGUAAUAGGGACUUCAGAAGCGGCACAGAAGGCGGCAACCAUUUCCAGUCCAGGCAGCUCCAGAAAGAGACAUCGGGAGGACUCUGAUGUGGAAAUGGUGGAAAAUGAUUCUGGGAGAGAAAUGACAGCUGCUUGCUACCCCCGGAGGAGGAUCAUUAACCUCACCAGUGUUUUGAGUCUCCAGGAAGAAAUUAAUGAGCGGGGCCAUGAGACUCUUCGGGAGAUGCUCCGUAACCAUUCCUUUGUGGGCUGUGUGAAUCCGCAGUGGGCCUUGGCCCAGCACCACACCAAGCUAUACCUCCUCAACACUACCAAGCUCAGUGAAGAGCUGUUCUACCAGAUACUCAUUUAUGAUUUUGCCAACUUUGGUGUUCUGAGGUUAUCGGAACCAGCCCCACUCUUUGACCUCGCCAUGCUGGCCUUAGACAGUCCUGAAAGUGGCUGGACAGAGGAAGACGGCCCAAAGGAAGGGCUUGCAGAGUACAUUGUUGAGUUUCUGAAGAGGAAAGCCGAAAUGCUUGCAGACUAUUUCUCUGUGGAAAUCGACGAGCAGGAAGGGAACCUGAUUGGAUUACCUCUUCUGAUUGAUAGCUAUGUGCCACCUUUGGAGGGACUGCCUAUCUUCAUUCUUCGCCUGGCCACUGAGGUGAACUGGGAUGAAGAAAAGGAGUGUUUUGAAAGUCUCAGUAAAGAGUGCGCUAUGUUUUACUCCAUUCGGAAGCAGUAUAUACUGGAGGAGUCGACCCUCUCAGGCCAGCAGAGUGACAUGCCUGGCUCUACUUCAAAGCCCUGGAAGUGGACUGUGGAACACAUUAUCUAUAAGGCCUUCCGCUCACACCUUCUACCUCCGAGGCAUUUCACAGAAGAUGGCAAUAUCCUGCAGCUUGCCAACCUGCCAGAUUUGUACAAAGUCUUUGAGAGGUGUUAAAUACAAUCAUAGCCACCGCAGAGACUGCGUGACAUCCAGGGUAUAGCCACCGCAGAGACUGCGUGACAUCCGGGGUGAGGCGUAUUGUACUGAUCUGGAAGCCACAGCACAGGACCCUUGGUUUCCAGGCUCCAAGGUUUCCAGUGCUCACUGUUCUUGCUCUGUUAUCCCAGUAUUGGUGCUACAACUUAAUGUCCUUCACCUGUGGAUUGGCUGCAAAUAAACUCACGUGCGUUGUGUGAUCUUUAUAUAACUGCACAUUG